AUGGGUUCGAAUAUUUCGACACCACCGUGUAGCAACAAGGUAUCCUGGUACAUUAGUGCCUCGCCGCUCUCUCUGGAUGUGGUAACUAUCAACGCGGUCAAGAAAGUGGUCAAGUACAAUGCCGGAUAUACCCAAAACUCACCGGGCAGGGAGAAUUUGUUGGAAAUCGCAGCGGGUGACGCUGGGUGCGAAAGAAGCGAACUACGGAGUACAUAUGUCAAAUAUAACCAGUCUCUCUGCCACCAAUUGGUGCGGGCUCGCAUUUUUGGCCGAAUGGCAGAUUUUGACGGUAUCUUGUUCCAACUCCAGCCAGCGGGGCUGUCCGGUAGCCUUGGAAUUCCUAUACUGCAUGAACAGCUGCGUAGUGUUUGCUGUAUCAAAGUCUGUCGGGCGUACAAUCCUCGCGAAAAUAGAACAGACAGGCCCGGGCGCUUAGAAGCCGUUUUGGGGGCGGUAUUAGUGGGCAUGGGUAAUGGAUGA